AUGGAGGGAGACUCACAUCCAAAGUGGGAAGCCAAGGUUCCUGCAACCCUAAAAAAAGUUACAGUGGACCAAAUAAAGCCUCUCUUCAAAAACUUCUUUAAUUUCCACAAGUGGUUUCCAACCCCAGCCACUUGCUAGGGGAUCCACGGGACCAACGGUGAGCCCGGCUGCAUCAGAUACCGCUCUGGCUCUUCAAUCCCAUCCAAGGGUGGUGAGAAGUCCGUCAGCUGGUCCAAGGAACGAUUGAUAGCCGUUGACGAUGCUGACCAGAGUCUGAGCUACGAGAUCGUGGAAAGUAACAUUGGGUUCCAGUCGUAUGUAUCGACGGUCAGAGUUGUUCCGCGAGGGGAUAUCGACGGUCGAGAUGGGUGCGUGAACUAGUGGUCCAUGACAGUAGAUCCUGUGGAAGUGUGGGUUUUUGAUGAUUUGGUGUUAAAAUAUGAGCUGGGGUUGCAGAAAAUGUCCGUGUUUUGUUAG